CUUGUACAAGAAUCCAGUCAACUAUUUUAACUGAAUCAGAGGAGGAUCUCAACAAGAAUCCAACAGAAGGGUGUAUUAGUGACUGCGACUGUUAGUUAACAUAAGAUGAACCCGUAUUCACACCCACAACCACAUCAUGCUUCUGCUAAGAAUCUUCAUUGAAUUCUGUUUCGAUUUAUGUGAGGAUCUUGAAAUUCCGUAGCUACAUACUUCUUUUAGGAUCUAGUCAUUUCCUCAGGAAACGAGAGGAAAUUUUUGAAGAAUCUUGAUUAGAUCCGUUAAGAAUUGGAUACGGAAAUAGCAAGAAUUUUCUCAAGGGAUAGGCUAAAAUUGCAGUAAAAUGCCUAUGAGUCUGGACAUAAGACUUAAGGUAUUUUCUUCAUAUGUGUUUUUCAUACAUCAAUGAGGUCUAACUUAUGCAGAGUUCUAAGUCAAAAGUGAUAAGGCAGUUCAGAACGGUCCCUUAUCAGAGAAAAUAGAUGGUUUCGUUUUGCAUAGUUCAUUCGGUUCACUAAGAUAUUAUAAUUCGCUAAGUGCUUGUCAAGAAAAUUUCUUAGCAGAACACCAUAACGGAAGAGAAAAUUUUAUGAGGAGGGGGUGGGGAGAAAUCCCCAGUUCUCUUGCCCUCCCCCUCCCCCGUUAAUCAAAUGGCCUGCAAGUUUCAACCGAGAACGCAUUUUACUGUAAAAACCUAAUUCAAAGAGCCAUUUCUCCCUAGCUUUGGGAGACUUUCUCCCUUGAAUCUUCCCCCCUCCAGUCAAAACCAAACGAAAGCUAUGGUUAUUCGUGCUCCUAUCGAAUUUGAUUGCUGGUAGUAUAAUUAUCGAUAUAAUUCUAAGUAUUUAAAUUGGUGUUAUUUAUGUUUAAUUAUUGUGAAUACUCUUUAGAAAUGUCUUUGUUUCCUCAUCUGUAUGAGUCUAUUGCCGAUUUUUCAAAAAAAGGAGGUCAUAUUCGUCGGCAUAUCGUAAGUUGAUAUGUUUUUUUUCCUCGUCGAGAAUGAGCACUAUUGUUUUUUUAUAUUGGAUGUUCAUAAACAAAAAAAUUAACUGAACAUACAAAACAAAGAUAGAAUUGAAGCUAUAAAAAGAACGAUGAUAGAUGAAAUGUCAGAGUUUAAUUUAAAAGCAUUAACAAUGGCUAUUGAUUUAUUCAUCGAACAGGUUUGUUGUCUACUGUUUAGAAAAUAUUGUGAGGCAGUUGUUUUCAAGCGCCUUUGCUCGUUAGAAUAAUUGGUAGUCUUUUUAUUUUCUAUACUUGACUAAGAGAAAUUUAAUAAUUGUUUUUCGGUUUUAGCUUCUACAAAUAAAAGAUCAAGAAAUCGACACCAGAGGACAACUGGAUGAAGCUCGUGAAGCAUUAUAUAACUAUUCAACUGUCGACAAUAAGGCACAAUGGAUGAUUUAUUUAGACCAGGUUACUACAUUGGCAAUAAGAUUGGAUCACAUUGAAGAAGAAUUACGUAAACUGGAACAUGAACAUGUCGUACGUCAUGGAGUCUUGCCGUAUUGA